GUAGAUGAGUGUCAAAAUAUGUCUAAUAAUUGUAGCCAGAUUUGUAAUAACACCAUCAGAAGUUAUACAUGUUCAUGUAUUCAAGGUUACGAGUUAAGUAGUGAUAAACUUACUUGCGUGGAUAUAAAUGAAUGCCAACGAUUUAGACCAUGUUACCAAGUUUGUAUUAAUACAGAAGGAUCGUUUACAUGUGAGUGUGAACAAGGUUUUGAACUAAAUAAUAACAACCUAACAUGUAGCGUUAGCGAUCCAUGUGAUUUUGGACAUAAUUGUUCGCAAAUUUGCAACUAUAUAAACGGAUCUGAAAUAUGUUCAUGUAUGAAAGGUUACGCGCUAACAUAUGGAAGUCAGACUGAAUGUGAAGAUGUCGAUGAAUGCAGCCUCAAUCCUAGUCCAUGUAAUCAACUAUGUACAAACAACGAUGGUAGCUGUACAUGUAGUUGUAUGAACGGCUAUCGAUUUGGUUCAGAUGGUUGGACAUGUGACGAUAUUAAUGAAUGUUUAGAAAAUAAUACCUGUAGUCAAAAUGCAAACCGUACAAACGCACAUGGUUCAUAUUGUGUUAGCGCGUAA